AUGAGCGCCCCGGGCGCCGAGAGUGCGGGGAAGAGCCUGCCGUACCGAGUGGACCACCUGCUGAGCGCCGUGGAGAGCGAGCUGCAGGCGGGCAGCGAGAAGGGCGACCCCACGGAGCGCGAGCUGCGCGUGGGGCUGGAGGAGAGCGAGCUGUGGCUGCGCUUCAAGGAGCUCACCAACGAGAUGAUCGUGACCAAGAACGGCAGGAGGAUGUUCCCCGUGCUGAAGGUGAACGUGUCUGGCCUGGACCCCAACGCCAUGUACUCCUUCUUGCUGGACUUUGUGGCUGCGGACAACCACCGCUGGAAGUAUGUGAACGGAGAGUGGGUCCCCGGGGGCAAGCCCGAGCCGCAGGCGCCCAGCUGCGUCUAUAUCCACCCGGACUCCCCCAACUUUGGGGCCCACUGGAUGAAGGCGCCGGUCUCCUUCAGCAAAGUCAAGCUCACCAACAAACUCAACGGAGGGGGUCAGAUCAUGUUGAACUCCUUACACAAGUACGAGCCCCGGAUCCACAUAGUGAGAGUAGGGGGCGCACAGCGGAUGAUCACCAGCCACUGCUUCCCUGAGACACAGUUCAUCGCCGUGACCGCUUACCAGAACGAGGAGAUCACGGCUCUUAAAAUUAAAUACAAUCCAUUUGCAAAAGCUUUCCUUGAUGCAAAGGAAAGAAGUGAUCACAAAGAUAUGAUGGAGGAACCUGGAGACAGCCAGCAGUCCGGGUACUCCCAAUCAGGGGGUUGGCUCAUCCCUGGAACCAGCAGCCUGUGCCCACCCGCCACCCCCCACCCUCAGUUCGGAGGGCCCCUCUCUCUUCCCUCCACGCACGGCUGUGAAAGGUACCCUGCCCUCAGGAACCACCGGCCAACCCCCUACCCCAGCCCUUACGCACACCGGAAUAAUUCUCCAACCUAUUCUGACAAUCCAUCGCCGUGUUUGUCCAUGCUCCAAUCCCACGAGAGCUGGCCCAGCCUUGGGACCCCUGCCCACACCGGCAUGCUUCCCAUGAGCCACGGGGCCGGCCCGCCCAGCAGCUCCAGCCAGUACCCCAGCCUGUGGUCCGUGAGCAACGGCGCCAUCACGCCCGGGGCCCCGACGGCGGCGAUGGCCAACGGGCUCGGCGCGCAGUUCUUCCGGGGCUCGCCCGCGCACGCGGCGCCUCUCACCCACCCGGGGCAGGCCUCCUCCUCGUCGGGAUCCCCGCUGUACGAAGGGGCCCCCACGGCCACAGACAUUCCCGACAGCCAGUACGACGCGGCGGCGCAGGCCCGCCUCCUAGCCUCGUGGACGCCGGUGUCGCCACCUUCCAUGUGAAGCGAGGCCUGCGUUGGGACAGACGCCGGACUUCGUGUGGGGCCUCCGCUGUGGACCUGGUUGCCGUUCCGGGUACAGCGCGGCAGCUCGUGGGUCCAGGGGAGGAAG